UAAUCAUGUCUGGUCGCGGUAAAGGCGGGAAGGGUCUGGGGAAAGGAGGCGCUAAGCGGCACAGGAAGGUGCUCCGGGACAACAUUCAGGGCAUCACCAAGCCCGCCAUCCGACGCUUAGCCCGCAGAGGGGGUGUCAAGCGCAUCUCCGGACUCAUCUAUGAGGAGACCCGCGGAGUGCUCAAGGUUUUCCUGGAGAAUGUCAUCCGCGAUGCCGUCACCUACACCGAGCACGCCAAGAGGAAGACCGUCACCGCCAUGGAUGUCGUCUAUGCUCUCAAACGCCAGGGACGCACUCUCUACGGGUUCGGAGGGAAGUUCAUUUGUUGUAAAAGAAAACAUUGUAUAGACUACAGGGAGAUAUCUCACUUGUAUAUUCUCUUCAUGUUGAUCUUUCUAUGCAGAGAAGAACAAGGCUGA